AUGUCGAUAAUCAACAUCACGGUCCUCAACCCCGCGAUCCUUCAGAACCUGCGCAACUAUAACUGGGAAGAUGAUGGCACCUUCGACUUUGAGAUGAUCGACAGAUAUGAUGAGUCGAUCGCGACACUAAUAAUGGUUGGUGCAGCUGGGGCCAUGAGUGAUUGUGCCUACAAGGCCCUCGAAGAAGUCUUUGGAUACUCGGCCAUGACCACCCCUUUUCCCCCGAAGCGCAACAGGCUCAUCAAGGCGAGCCGGGCGUGGUUGAGGAGGAUCAUUUCAGGUCACCAAAAUAGCAAACACUCGAUGUAA